GCCGCAACUUUUCCGUCAACAUGGGCAAGAAAAAAGCUCAAAAAGCUCAAAAAGCUCAAAAGAAAGAGAAGGACACUGUAGCUGACGCAUUUAUGAGACUCCAAAUUGAAGAAAAGAAAAAGGAGAUUGAGCGUGUUCAGGAGGAGAUCACUGAACUUGAGAAGGAGCGGCAAAAAUACAUUGAGAAAAUUGAGCAGGCGAAGAGGACUCAGCAGGGCCCCAUCAGAGCUAUGUGGAAAAAGUACAAGGAGCAGCAGAGGACGCUGGAUCAGAUGGAGGAGGCGUACAGAGAGGAGGAGGAGCAGGCCCAGAAAGCUACCCAGUCUGAACAGGCCCAUCUCGCCGAACUGCGCAGGCAGCUGAGCCAUUUGGACGUGCAGAUUUCGGACUUGGAGGCAGAACAUCAGCACAGGGAAACCAGCAACAGGGAAAACCAGGCCCGGAGCGCAAAACUGGAGGAGAAGCUCGUCCAAAUGCAGAAAGACUGUGAGGAAGAAGCAGAAAACAUCAAACGUGCUCACGAGAUGACUUUGAAAGAAAUAGACAUGGAGACAGCCAAAGAAAUUGCGAGGGAGAGAGACCUUGCUAUAAAGGAGGCCAUCCAAAAUCUGAGUGUGGACGACAAACAGAAGAUCGAAGAGCAUGCUUUCCUGCAGAAGGAGAUUGCCGCCUCCUCUGAGGAGAUAUCUGAGCUGACUCUGUCUAUCGAGAGUUUGCAGGAAGAGAACCUACAACACAUUAAGUUUCUGACUGAACAGCACAUGGAAGACACCGUCCUCACCAAGUGGAAUCAUCCCAGGACUGCUCCCCUCCACCAAGCUGUUCCACGUGAAAUGCAAAGAUUUGCUUCCGAGAGCCCGACAUCAGUAACAGGCAGGAUUCUGGAAGAGGAUGAAACAGACCCAAGCCAGAGCCAGAUGACGGAUAAGCUGUUGCUGAAAUUUCCCAAACAGAAGACGAUGACUGUGGUGGGCCGAGCAAUUCCGCUGGCCCCCCCGCCCUCAGAGGAUGAGGACGAUGAGCAGGACUCCUGUGUUACCCCGGCCCAAGGAUACCUCACCACACGGAUGAUCAACAAAAGGUUCAAGUAGCUCAAGUUAAAAGUCCAGAGUUUGCCUGUGGGUUUGCAUAUAAAAUAAACACUGGUUGCACAAAUCAUUGUCUGUACAUAGCACUUUACAA